AUGACUUACAUAGUUGUCUCUGCCGCUCUGGGCUUGGCGGCCUUGUACUUGUAUCAUGUCAACUCUGCCAUGAAGAGGAUCCCAGAGGAAGCUCAAAAGUUGUCUCCUCGCCGAUGGACCCCUGAACAAGUCAAGGCAGCUUAUCAAAAAGUCGUUGAGAAUCCAAUCGAUGUGAACAAGAGCAUCCCACCAAAACAAUCUCGUCGAUAUGUGGUAGUGGGUGGAUCCGGUCUCGUGGGAGGAUGGAUGGUUCAACAUCUUUUGGCUCGCGGUGAAAGUCCCUCUGCAAUUCGCAUUCUAGAUCUCCUCUGCCCAACAAAAGAAAUCCUGGAUCUAGGCGUGAACUACAUCAAAAUCAACAUUACCGAUGAGCUAGCAGUGGACACAGCAUUUGACCAACCAUGGCCAGAAUCCGUCGCCCAGCUUCCAUUGUCCGUCUUCCAUACAGCAGCCAUCAUCCGGCCACAAGAUCGCAUGAAGAUGCUCUUGUUCCUCCAUACCAAGGUUAACGUGGACGGUACGCGAAACGUCAUGAAUGCGGCAAAGAGAAACGGUGCAAGCUGCUUUAUCUCGACAUCAUCCGGUUCGACUCUUCUUCACUCUCUAAAAUUCUGGAUUCCGCCUUGGGUCAAUGUUCCCGGACGUGCGGUACAGCUUCUCAGUGAUAGCUCGCCUGCCCCAGAGAAACAUGAGGAUUUCUUUGGCAAUUACUCAGUUAGCAAAUUGGAAGCAGAACGUCUUGUUCGUUCCGCAGAUGAUCUUUCUUCGAACUUUCGGACCGGUUGUAUUCGGCCUGCGAAUGGAAUUUAUGGAAUUGGAUGCGAUGCUGCUAUGACUAUUACGGGUAUUUACCUGCGACGGGGUACAAGUCCAUCAUGGCUGCACCACAUCAUCCAAAGCUUCGUUAAUGCAGAGAAUGUCUCAAUCGCCCACCUUCUCUACGAACAACGCUUAAUAGAGCAGAGUCAACCUGGAUCCACAAUGCCCAACAUUGGAGGCCAAGCAUUCAUCGUCACAGACCCUAAUCCUGCAAUCUCAUUCGGCGACAUGUACAUGCUUCUCAGCACCCUCUCCAAGACACCGACCAGCUUCCCGCCUAUUCAGCCUGGCCCCAUGCUCAUCAUGUCUCAUGUCCUGGAAGUCUACUCGUACAUCCAGUUCAAGUUUCUUCCUUGGCUCUUACCCCCGAUUUCGGGCGACUUGGCGCAGAUUCAACCGUCCCUUUUCAAUAUUUCUGAUGCAUUUUUCAUUGCGGAUGAUGCCCGAGCUAGAAAGUCGCCUGAGCAGGGUGGUUUGGGGUACAAUGCUCCUAUGACCACUAUGGAGGGCAUGUGUAAGCAGCUGGUGGAUUGGAAUAAGAAGGUUGAUAUGGAUGGCGUCGUUGUUGAGGAGAAGGUGGGACCCCUGCGAGUCACUGAGGAAGGGGUUGAUGUUAAUGUGGUUGCGCCGGUGAAGAAAAUUUGA